UGUUCUCACGCUCGGAUCAGUCCGAGUUAAACUGGAGUCUCAUCUGUCCACGCUGAGCGGCUUCACUAUGAACACACAUGGUAUUUACUAACAGCCUGUGCAGCGCAGAGCGUCUGUUUUCAAAGAUUUUGAAAUGAAGAAGGACAUUGAUACUCUAAUAGCUGAAGAACGGGCUGAGAUCAUCAAAAAAUAUGAGAAGGGCAGGCAGGAGGGUGUGCACAUUAACCCCUGGGAGGAUGCCGACUACAGCAUCUACAAGGUCACGGACCGCUUCGGUUUCCUGCAUGAAGAGGAACUGCCGACACCGACCGCAGCGGAGGAUAAGUACAAACUCCAGGAGGUUGAAAGAGAGGAAAAAUGGGUGAAGAUGGUGAAAAAGUGGGACAAGUACCGCAACAGUGAAAAGAUGAUGAAGCGGGUAUACAAGGGGAUUCCCUUGAAGCUGCGCGGUCAGGCCUGGGCUCUGCUGCUGGACGUGGAAAAGGUGAAAGAGGCGAAUUGCAGGAAGUACGAGAAAAUGAAGGAACAAGCCAAGAAGUAUUCGACAGAAAUUAAGCAGAUUGAUUUGGAUGUCAACAGGACCUUCAGAAACCAUAUCAUGUUCAUGGAACGCUUUGGGGUCAACGUAUUCGGUCUACAACACGGUAAGAGGCUACUGACCAAUCAGAAACAUGCCAUGCAUGGAUUCUUCAUCCCGGGGUUUCCCAAACUCCAGCGAUUUCAGGUUCAUCAUGACCAAAUACUGUCCAAACUCCUUCCCAAACUCAGGAAACACUUGGAUAAGGAACAGAUGUCCACUGGUAUCUACACAACCAAAUGGUUCCUUCAGUGUUUUAUUGACAGGACACCCUUUACACUCACCCUGCGCCUUUGGGACAUCUACAUAUUAGAAGGAGAAAAAGUUCUAACCGCCAUGGCCUAUACGCUCCUCAAAUUGCACAAAAAGCAUCUUCUGAAGAUGUCUCUGGAGGACUUGAGGGAGUUUCUGCAGGAGCGUAUUGCUUCUUCCUUCAGCAUGAGCGAUGAUGCUGUUAUUGAGCACCUACAGUUGUCUAUGUCAGAACUCCGCAGGAUGAAGCUUGACCUCCCUGCUCCAGCCAAGGGAGAUGAGUUCCCAAAGAUACCCCUGGGCGAGGAGCGUUCAAUAGUACUGCUUCCAGUAAUCAAGACUGAGUGUGUACCCUUACCACCAUCAGCACACAACAGUCAAACCUCAAACAAGCUUCAGACAGAAGACACCACCACCCACAAGCAGAGCAAAGAAAAAUACAUCCCUACCAUUACCUCAUCUUCCCCUCUUUCAAAGCACACCCACUCAACUUCCAACUCUUUACUGUCACAAGCUACACCUGAAGAACCAGGGACCACGGUGAAGAAUGAAGACAGUGCACCUGUACAAAGACCAGAUAAUCUACUACACCCAGAAUCUGCACUGUUUUCAGCAGAGACACUUUCGUUGAAGAAUGAAUGUGUUAGUAGAACCCUAUCAGCGGUGUCUGAAGAUUGGCCUCCUCCGUACCAGCCACCCAUAACAGAUUCAUCCAGUAUCCACUCUUUCAAUCUCCCAGAACUACCUCCUCCACCUCUUCCCUGUACAAAAGAAGGGUUUGAGCUUUCACCUCUAGAAGAGGAUGUCCCAUUUUGCCUUCCUCCACCACCACCACCAAUUACCCAACCUUUGGAUCUCAUCUUAGAAGAUCCAUCUUCAUCACCUUCCUCGUAUAGAUCCUAUCGGCAGCUAAGCAAGUUUCCGGUCAACCUUUAUGUGCCACCAUCAUCAGGUGACCGGAGACCUUCCAACACCUCGCAUUACGACAACCUCUCAGAAGAGGAGGAUCUGUCUGUGGAGAGGCUGCUGGAGAUGGUGGCCACAUUGCCGCAAAACUCAAACUUGAGUCUCAUGAACACCACCCUUCCCCUUCCUCCAGAAGAUGCCAUGUCUCUUCCUCUACCGCCCCCAUCUAUGUUCUUCUACACGCCUGAAUCUUCGCCACUCCCUCCACAUCCUUCAUGCAUUGAGGCGGCAAACAGUUGGGUGACUCCAGACUGCAUUUUUCCCCAACCACCUAUUGACUUUGCAGAUAAACCCAACCUUGUAUCUUUAGUCCCGUGCAAUCAGGUGGUUCCAAACCAGACUGAUCAAGAUGGGAGUCAGUCACAGCUCCCAAGACUACCGCCCAAAAAAUCACGACCCACAAUGCUCUCUCCUGUACACUCUGAUUCAGACUUCUGUCGAAUGCAUGUUUCAAGUCAUUAGUUGCUGGAGUCACACUUAAGUAGUGUGAACUGAAGGCAUGUUUCCAUCGUUUGGACUUUUGUGCUUCGAUGAUAUCAAGUGAACAUAUUUCAAUAUUUUAGGUGUUGCAAUGUGUGUUAUAUAUGACUGAUCUAAACAGAAUGCUAGAAUGUGUUUUAUCAGUGUGUCAUGCAAAAGUGAUGUACCGGAAUCUCCUUUUCUUAGGUGAAGCAUUAUAGUUGUAGCAGUUAUCAGAAUAACCAUUUAGCUAGUUGAGUAACCAAUCUUCUAGGUAGUCGUCAUGUGGUUUGAAAUUAUAUCUUUAAUUUGUUUAGUAUUUGAGUUACUGAUAUUUCCACUGGUCAACACAGAAUACGUGACAUUCACCAUUAUUUUGUUUGUGUCUCUGUUGUUUUCUGGGAGAUAUUAUGUUCCCCGCAAUUAGAUCAGUUGUUAUUUCUUUCUUAUGUUUUAUUGGUUGGUUUUAUAUCUUGGUGCAAUUGUGUUUUCUUUUUAAACUUUGGUUAUAUUAUGAAAAUGCAUCUAACGAUGCACAUUAAAUAUGAAGAUGUUGUGGAAAUGUAAACAAGGAUCUUACCACACUGACAUAAGUUCCCUGAUUACAUUGAAAGGGCAUUUUUCAGUGGUCUCUGAUUUGCUCAAAAAGGAAAUUCCUUCAACUGUAAACCUUAGUGCUGUGUACUGCCCUCUUUCGCCAUCUUGUGGAAGAUGAUGAAGCACAGCUUGGUCAAAAAUUAUAUACUGGGAAAUACAGCCACCACACUGAAUGUUAAAAUGAAGAAACUGUAUAUUCAAGGUCAUUUAAUGGCUUUGUUGUGUAAUUGUAAAUAGAACAGGUUUGAUUUGUACUUUGUUGUUUGUAUUC